CUUUAUGAAACUACUAUUAAGCAAACUAAGCGUACAUGCAACAUGUAGCAAUUUAUUUAAAACUUGAUCGAUACCUAAAUUAGGGUUAGGGUUCUCUCUCAAGAGAAGAAACGAUGCCGGCGAACAGGCCCCGCGUCUUCGGAUUGUUCGUCUACGCGCCCAUCAAAUCAUCGCUCAAUUCCGUCAUCAACAGGGCCUGUGCUGCUGGAUUGGGCACAAUGCUCAUCGUGGGUAGCUUCGCGGUUCACAGCCCGAUCAUCUUCAGCGCGGCCAAGAGCACGGCGACCGGCGCCGCGCUCAAGGAUGUCGAGGAAUCGAAGAAUGCGAGCUAGAUCGCUGUAGAUUGUUCCCAAUUUCCUCUUUGUCGAUUCGAUCAAAUAACAAAGAAUGCUUCUUCUAAGCCCUCAAACCUCAUAAGCCCUAGUUAGGGUUUUUGCCUUCCCUGAUGAAAGUGGAGGAGGUGAGGGCGCUGGGGAGCGCGCUCCUCGUCUCCAGGGCCAAUGUCAACAAUUGCUCCACGCUCCUGUCGAUCGUCUCCGCAUUUUGCAAGCGCGGCGCUGGAUCGUCCUCGUCUGUGGAAUGUGUUCUCGAGGCUGUGCGGUGUCUCCAGGCGUUCUUUCUGCCCAUUCUCUCGUCCCAGGGCGUUCUAGGGAAGCCGCAGAGCGACGGUGAUGGCUCGGAGACUGCCGAGGCGAUCUACAGAGCUUGGCUCAAGAACAAGUUUGAGGAGCUCAUCGAGCUUCUUAUUGCGAUCGUGGUUGGGACCGAAGAACAUCGACUCGAGAAUGCGGCUUUGGAUUCUUUGAUGGAGUUGCUUCAAGCAAAGGAUUGUCGUGUGGACAAUGGAAUCUACUUCAAACUCUGCUUGGCUUUGACAAGGAAAUCGAGUGAGAAUGUUUUCGAUGCGCUUGCGACUGAGCACUGCAAGGAUGCGACUCUCUGCUUCUAUACUGUGAAGAAUUUUGAGAAGCUUGUGUCUGCUCGCCUUCAAACGUCCCAAAGAGGAGUGGAUGCUACGUUGUCCAGCGACGAUGAUAAGAGCGUAAGUGUCGAUACCUUCACCCGUAACGUGUAUGGAGUCAUUUCACGUCUCUCGCCCUCCGUUCAAGAAAUUCUAAGCACUAACAAGAAGAUCACUGAAAACGCUUUGGAUAAAGAAUUUACCAUCAAUCGAUUCAAAUCUAAAGUCAGAAACCUGUGGUUAAAUUUCUUACAGCUUCCGCUACCUCUUGACGUCUAUAAGAUGGUGCUUGCUAACAUGUCCAAGGUCGUUUUCUCUAUAAUUUCGAAUCCAAUACGUCUCAGUGACUUUCUUACCAAGUCGUAUGAUCUUGGUGGGGUUUACAGCGUUUUGGCUUUGGACAGCCUGCAUAUUCUGAUGACAAAGUAUGGACUGGAGUAUCCUGAGUUCUAUGAGAGGCUGUACGCUUUGUUGGACCCGUCGAUGUUUUUCACAAAGUACCGGUCUCGAUUUUUUGAGUUGCUGGAUAGCUGCUUGAGGUCUCCACUCUUGCCAGCUUAUCUAGCCGCGGCGUUUGCCAAGAAAUUAAGUCGCUUGUCACUACAUGCAUCGCCAGCAGGAUCACUAGUGGUGAUAGCUAUGGUUCACAAUCUUCUUCGACGGCAUCCUUCGAUAAAUUGCCUUGUUCAUCAGAGUUCUCGUUUGCGAGUUGCUAGUAAAGGUGAAGAAGAUGUCUCGGACGCAAAGCUUGGAAGAGAUCCCUACCUUGCAAACGAAAAGACAUCUAAUUGCCGCGCUCUGGAGAGUUCGUUGUGGGAAAUAGAAACACUUCGAAGGCAUUACUGCCCUGCUGUGUCAAGAUUUGUGAGCACGCUGGAAGCUGAUCUUACCGUCAAGAGGAAGACCACGGAAGUUCAAAUCAGCGAUUUUUGUUCUGGAUCCUACUCUACUAUCUUCAACGAGGAGACAAAGAGAAGAUUAAAGCAAGUUCCUCUAGCUUAUUACAAGGUUGUCCCAAACGCAUUGUUUUCCAACAAUGAAGAGUUUGCGGGCUGGAGCUUCCCAAAGGAAAAGAAGCUCAAAGUAAUGUAAGAUCUCGUCCGUUAAUGCAGCCGGCCCGACGGACGGCUCGGAUUGCUUCC